AAAAUUUUCUAUCCCAAAAUAGCGAAAGCCAGUGAGAAUCGAGUAGAUAUUUAUUGACUGCAUUCCAGCCUGAAGCCAGCUGCCCACCGAAAUGAAAGCUCACUCAACAGCCAUGGAUGUCGAUGGUGAUAACGAUGAUGAUGAUAAUGAUGUUGAUGAUGAUGAUAACGAUGAUGAUGAUGAUGAUGAUGUGUUCAUCCAGCUGCGCCACCUGCAGGCUAAUCAUCUCUUUCUGCGUGCACAGCUGACACAACUGGCACAGCUGCACAGGGCUGUCCUGGCGAGGCGACUGUGCCAGCAGAGGUGCCUGCUGGAGGGGCGUGCCGCACUGGAGACGCAGCUGCGACGGCUGCAGUUUAAACACAACCGCCACUGGGGCCUGUGAAAUUUAAAGCCAACCGACUUUUACCACUUGCAAGAAUUAAGUUUCGCCGUAAAAGUGUUUAAAAAAUGGCGAAUUCUCAAAUUAAAUAGUUUACAGACAGAUUAAUAUUUAUUUAGAAAAUAAAAGCUAAAUGUGUAACUUUGACAU